GACUGACGGGGAAGUAGGUGUUCUCUGCAAAGGGGUCCGCGCUCCACUUCCGGUGGGGCAAACACUCUCAAAUUGGAAUCUGCAGACUCGCCGGCGCCUGCGAUGAAGUCUUUACGGUUUCCGCAGCGGCGGUGCUGAGCGAAGUGUGUUUUCUCUGCAAGCCUUUCUGGAACCAGCAAGAGGGGGGAUGUCUGUAACACUGCAUACGGAUGUGGGGGAUAUCAAAAUAGAAGUCUUCUGUGAGAGGACACCCAAAGCAUGUGAGAAUUUCUUGGCUCUUUGUGCCAGUAAUUACUACACCGGCUGUGUAUUUCAUAGGAACAUCAAGGGUUUCAUGGUUCAAACGGGAGAUCCCACAGGCACUGGAAGGGGAGGCAGCAGUAUCUGGGGCAAGAAGUUUGAGGAUGAGUACAGUGAAUAUCUGAAGCACAACGUCAGAGGUGUUGUAUCUAUGGCUAAUAAUGGCCCAAACACCAAUGGAUCUCAGUUCUUCAUCACCUAUGGCAAGCAGCCGCAUCUGGACAUGAAAUACACAGUGUUUGGAAAGGUAAUAGACGGUCUGGAGACUUUGGAUGAGCUGGAGAAGUUACCAGUAAAUGAGAAGACAUACAGACCUCUCAAUGAUGUCCACAUUAAGGACAUAACGAUUCAUGCCAACCCAUUUGCUCUAUAGCUGUAAUAGACCUGGGCAGACACUUGGCAAACUCUUCACUGGAACACACCCAUUGUAAUGGGUUUAUCCAGUUCUGAUUAUGUCAGAGACUCUGGUCCUUCCGGUGUUCACAGUAAUGAUGUCCAUCUGGGAGACCUGUAGCAUUCACCCCCAGUCGUGAGCAUAUUCUGUACCACUGCUAUUGUUCAGUAUGUUUAAUUUAAAUACAACAAAGCAAUGCCUUGUUUUUAUUA